AUGGGCAAAUACAUGAAGAAAUCGAAGAUUACCAACAACGAUACGGAGCCCACCGAGCCAACUUUCCUGGGAGUUCGCACCAGGGACGCUAAAACCCUAGCUCUGAAGCGGCUCAAUUCCUCCGCCUCUGAUUCCGCUCUAGCUGGAGACUCUUCUUGCUACCUUCAGCUCCACAGCCGUCGCCUCGAGAAACCCCCGGCGCUGACGGAGCCAAAACAGCCACCGAGAAUUAAGGAGCCUGGCUCGAAGGGUCGGGUUAGCUCCGGUUCGGGUUCGGUUCAUGUAGCUCAGAGCUGUAAAGGAGAUGAUUGGUUUGGAAAGUCUGAAGCUUUUUUUGUGGAGAGAACAGUCCUGAUUUUCAAUCGAUACAAAGUGCAAGUACUGUGGUGUGGCGUCAUGUUCAUGGGACCUAGCUAAGCUGUUGAGAAGAACUACGAGCUACCUGAUGGGCAAGUGAUGACAAUUGGUUCUGAGCGGUUCCAUUGUCCUGAGGACCAAAGUUAUUUACCAGCCAUCUAUGAUUCGUAUGGAGAAUACUGGUAUCCAUGAAACAACUUUAACUCUUUAAUGAAGUGUGAUGUAGACAUCAGAAAGGAUGUGUACGGUAUAACAUCGUGACCAGUGGUGGAAGCACAUUUUCUCUGAGAUCGCUAACAAUUUGAGCUAAGAUAUCACGUCUUGGUCUACAAGCAGCAUGAAGAUCAUAGUUGCUACUUCUCCUGAGAGAAAAUACCAUGUCUUGAUUAGAGGGUCCAUCUUGGCUUCACUCUGUACAUGGUGAUCAGUGGUGGAAGCAUAUUUUCCCUGGGAUCGCAAUGGAAUAAGUCAGGCCCAUCCAUUAUUCUCAGGAAAUGCUUCUUAUUGGAGUUCUCAUUUUUUUCAGAAAAGAAGCGUUAAUCUACCCUUCUUUUUUUUUUUUUGUUCUUAUGUAUUUUGAAAUUCUGGCCAAAGACAUUUUUAAAGAUUUAUGUUCUUUUUAUUUUCAGCUGCCUGUGAGUGAAUAAUAACACAUAACUAUUAUAUAGCAUUGUGUUUCAUGUUCUCUUUGUUU